GACCUGGGGGAGAGGAUGGAGGUCACAGCAGUGGCCACCCAGGGUGGCUAUGGAAGCUCCAACUGGGUGACCAGCUAUCUGCUCAUGUUCAGUGACAGUGGCAGGAACUGGAGGCAGUACCGGCAGGAGGGGAGCAUCCGGGGAUUCCCAGGGAACACAAAUGCUGACAGCGUGGUGCAGCACAGGCUGCAGCCGCCCAUGGAGGCCCGGCACUUGCGCUUCCUUCCCUUGGCCUGGAACCCAGAUGGCAGGAUCGGGAUGCGAGUGGAAGUGUAUGGAUGUGCCUACCGAUCAGACGUGAUUGGUUUUGAUGGGAAAAGUUCCCUACUUUACAGAUUUGGUCAAAAUGGCAGUGGCUCAAUGAAACACACCAUUUCUUUGAAAUUUAAAACAAUGCAGCGAGAAGGGACCGUGUUCCACAGAGGGGGAAGAAACGGAGGCAGCGAAACCCUGGAGCUGGCGGGAGGAAAACUUGUUCUGCUCAUCAAUGCAGGUGACACAGCACAGCCUUCGCUGUCUGCACCCUAUGGCCUUGUGCUGGGCAGUCUGCUGGACGAUGAACACUGGCACUCAGUGCUGGUCAAGCAAUCAGGGCAGCAGGUGGACCUCAGAGUUGACAGGCAUUCGCAGCACAUCUGGGCCCCAGGAGCCCCAAGUCCUGAGGACCUGGAUGCUGAGAUCAGCUUUGGAGGGAUAGCAACACCCAGGAAAUCAGAGUCGUCUCAAAGAAAAAACUUCCUUGGAUGUUUGGAAAACAUCAAUUUUAAUGGGGACAAUAUUAUUGACAUGGCCAAGCGGCACAGACCACAGGUCCUCAUUACGGGCAGCGUGGCCUUCUCCUGCUCAGGCCCAAAGACCAUGCCAGCCACCUUCCUGAGCACCCGCAGCUACUUAGUGCUGCCCAGCACCCCAGGGGAGGACAGGGCCUCUGUCAGCUUCCAGUUCCGGACAUGGGACAGCACAGGGCUGUUGCUUUCCAGCCAAUCCCACCAUGACUCUGGGGGAUUCUUCCUCGCUCUCCAGGACGGAAACCUCAAGCUGGGUCUUCACUCAACUCCAGGACACACACACAGUGAGGUCACCACAGAUGUUGGGCUGAAUGAUGGGCAAUGGCAUUCUGUCUCCCUCGUGGCUCAGAGGGGCCACCUGAGUGUGGUGGUGGACGAGGGUGUAGCUGCCACCCAUGCCCUGGUCCCUGUGGAGAUGGAUUCAGGCAACAGCUACCGCUUUGGAGGGUGCCUCCCUCGUGGCCCUGGGGCUGAUUGUGAGCCCUCACCAAGUGGUUUCCAGGGAUGUCUCAGAGGCAUCUCCAUCAAUGCCCACCCAGCGGAUCUGAUCUCCGUGCAGCAGGGGGUGUUGGGGAACUUCAGCGAUGUCCAGAUAGACACUUGUGGCAUCCUGGACAGGUGUUUGCCCAACUACUGCGAGCAUGGCGGCACCUGCUCCCAGACCUGGACAGCCUUCCACUGCAACUGCUCCAGCACUGGCUACAUGGGUGCCACCUGCCACCGCUCUCGCCAUGAGCAGUCUUGCGAGGCCUACAAGCACCAGGGCAAAUCCUCAGGUCAUUACUACUUCGACCUGGAUGGCAGUGGACCACUGGAGCCCUUCCCAGGCUUUUGUAACAUGACAGAUGUUCCCUGGACCAUCUUGCAGCACAAUGGCUCGGCCUUCACCAGGGUUAAGGGUGUAAGUCAGAAGAACCCAUAUCACGUUGCGUUCCAGUAUGCAGCCAGCACGGAGCAGCUGCUGGCCACCGUGGCCCAGUCUGAGUACUGCCAGCAGGAGCUCACUCUCCACUGCAGGGGGUCUCGGACCCAGGAUGCGCGAGAUGGGACCCCCUUGAGCUGGUGGGUUGGAGGGCACAACGAAACUCCCAUCUACUGGGGUGGCUCCUUGCCAGGUUCUCGGCCAUGCGAGUGUGGGUCUCAGGGGCUCUGCAUUGACCCUCUGCACCCCUGCAACUGUGAAUGGACCAACAGCACAAGCGUGCUCUCCUACAGGGAGCACCUGCCUGUCACACACAUCUUCAUAGACUCAGCCCAGCCUGGAUCCGAGGCAACCUACAGACUGGGCCCUCUGCUGUGCCAGGGAGAUCGCUCGUUUUGGAAUUCGGCUUCUUUCCACACGGAGACCUCCUACCUUCGCUUCCCCACAUUCCAUGGGGAGCUCAGUGCCGAUGUGUCCUUCUUUUUCAAGACAACGGCCUCGUCUGGGGUAUUCUUACAGAACCUGGGCAUCACAGACUUCAUCUGCCUGGAGCUGCGCUCUCCUGUGGAAGUGACCUUUUCCUUUGAUGUGGGAAAUGGACCCUGUGAGGUUACGGUGCGUGCACCAGCCCCCCUCAAUGACGACCGGUGGCACCUGGUCCGAGCAGAGAGGAACACAAAGGAGGCAUCACUGCAGGUGGACCUGCUGCCUGUGGGGAUGCGUCCUGCCCCUGAGGAUGGGCAUGUGCUCCUUCAGCUCAACAGCCAGCUCUUCGUGGGAAGCACAGCCAGCAGACAGAGGGGCUUUCUGGGCUGCAUCAGGGCUCUGCAGGUGAAUGGGAAGGCCCUGGACCUGGAGGAGAGGGCCAAAGUCACACCAGGAGUGGAACCAGGCUGUCUGGGUCACUGCAGUACCUAUGGGCACCUGUGUCUCCAUGGGGGCCGGUGCCAUGAGAAGCCCCAGGGUUUCUCCUGCGACUGCCAGCUGUCUGCCUACUCGGGGCCAUUCUGUUCCACAGAAAUUUCUGCAUAUUUUGGAACCGGCUCCUCAAUGACUUACAACUUUCAGGAAUAUCAUCCCUUCAGCUCAAACCCCAACCCCCAUGUGGCAUCAUUCCAUGGGGACAAGAAGUUGACCCGAGAGACCAUGUCCUUCAGCUUCCGCACAGCAACCCCAAGCCUGCUGCUCUACGUGGACUCCUUCCACAAGACCUACCUUUCCAUCACCCUCGCCAGAAAUGGGAGUUUACAGAUCAGGUACAAGCUGGAUAUACACAAAGGUCCCGAUGUUUUCAGCUUCAAUUUCAAGAACCUGGCUGAUGGGAACUUCCACCAUGUGGAGAUCAGCAGGGAAGACAGUGUGGUCUCCGUCCAGGUGAACCAGAAAGAGUGGAGACAAGUGAGUCUGUCAUCGGGCAUGGAAUUCAAGGCCAUCAAAUCACUCGUGCUGGGCAGGAUUUUAGGCAAGAGUGAUGUUCCUUCAGACACAUUGCAGGCUGGCACACAUGGCUUUGUGGGCUGCCUGUCCACACUGCAGUUUGGACAUGUGGCCCCACUGAAGGCUGUGCUACACACUGAGCACACCUCAGUACAGGGACCAGUGACAGCAUCCAACUGUGGAGCAUCCACAGGAGACAUCACAGCGUGGGAGCAGACACCCGCACAGGCAGAGCACUCUGGUCCGGUGGAUGUGGGGCAACCCCUAGUGGAGGCCUCCAGGGGCGACUCAGCUGUGAUUGGAGGUGUGAUCGCUCUGGUGGUGUUUGUCCUGCUCUGCACUGUGGCCAUUGCCAUCCGCCUGCACCACCAGAAGAACGUGGACACAGCCAGGGAGGUAAAGCAGUCAGAGAAUCAAGGCACCGCUGAGGUCGCAUUCAGUGAGCUGGAUGUGCAGAAUGUGGCACGUGGAAACCAGGAGUGCUGCUUCUGA